UUCUCGAUACUCUUUCAGCUUCUCUCCCAAAUUUCCACACUCUCUCUAAGAUUUUGGGUGUUUCUUCUCCUCUCAUUUGAUUUCCAAGAGAAUGGCACUGAGAAAUUCAGGUAAAGGCCGUGGAGGUGGGAGAGGAAACGGCGGUGGGAGAGGAAACGGCGGUGGGAGAGGAAGCAAAAGUGGAGGAUCGUCUUCUCACGCCUCCAACCCAUCCUCGAGCUCGACGCCGUCGAAUUCGCAGCAGUCUCGAGCAAUUCUUCCGACCCAGUACCCGCCGGCAACACAACCGCCGCUUCAUCAUACUCCAGUGCAUCACCAGCCGCUUCAGCAUCCACCGGCUCCUCAACAGCCGCUUCAUCAUAUUCAGGAGCAUCUAUCUACUCAGCAUCAGCCGGCUCCUCAACAGCCGCAUAAUCCGGCUCCUCAACAGCCACAUCAACAGUUUCCCGAGUAUCAACCUCCAGAUGAUCCUGAAGAAGAUGAUUCUGAAGAAGAUGGUCCACCAGAGCCAGAAGACCAGGAUUACCAAGCGUUGCUAGAUGAGUUGAUGGCACUUCCUGGCCGACAGCAUCUUCCACUCUUGAGUGAGCAGCGUAUCUCAGGCGUUGAGACCACAUGGUUUGACCGAGACAGAGGCAAUUUGUCUAGAGUCAUCGCUGGAAUAUUUCGGAGGAAGUUCGAUGGUGCUUUCUAUAGCUGGACGAAGACACCUAUACACGUUCAAGAAAGAUACUUCAGAACAUUUGCGGGGAAGUACAAUUGGGAUUUGGGGAUUACCGAUAUAGUGAGACAAGAAUUCUGCAAGAGGGCCACACUUAGGAUGAAAGGAAUUGUCAGCCAGGCUAAGACAAGUGGUAAGAGACCGCAUUGGAUUAGCCCAAAACUUUGGAAAAAAAUGUGGAGACAUUGGAACACUCCCGAAGCAAAGGACAGGAGCUCUAAUGCUUCACAGUGCCGUAACUCUGACCGUGGCGGUAUUGGAGCCCACAAACAUGUAUCCGGACAAAAAUCAUAUAUGCAUGUUCAACAAGAAAAGGAAGAAGAAUUGGGGCGUCCUGUAUCUUUUGGAGAAGUGUUUGUGAGAACACACACAAAGGCCGAUGGAACUUUUGUUGAUCAAAGGGCCAGAAGAGUAGCUGAAACUUAUGAGAAGAACAUAGAAGAGAAGAUGUCUCAAAUGGAUGUCGAUGGUCCUCAAACUUCAGAGAAUUCUUCUCAGCGGACCCUCACCAUUGAAGAAAAGAAUGAGAUGUUUCUUAAGUCCACUGAAACAGAUGACAAGGGAAACCCUUUUGGGCUUGGGAAACUGAAAGAGACUAUCAACAAAGAGAAAAGAAAAGAAAGUUAUGGAAACUCUCAAUCCUCAUCAAUUUCCGAGAUAAAUCAACAGCUACAAGCUGCUCGUCAAAAGAUUGAGGAACAAGAAGCCGAAAAUGCAAGACGUGAUGCGGAGAACCGAGUUUCUCAAUCUAAGAUCGCAAGCUUGGAGUUGCUCUUAUCCUAUUUCAAAACAAAUGAUCCAGCAUUUGCAGCAUAUGUGGCUUCUCAAGCAGAUCUAGCCGCACCAACCACAACACCAGGUACCACUCUAAGAGCCGAACCACCAACCACAGCAGGAAACACUCUAGGAAAUGCACCACCAACCACAGCAGGAACCGCACCAACCAAUUCUCCCUUGUCAAACACUUCAUCAACCUCUCCAUCUUAACUUAGUAAUUUCUUUGAUAUAUUUUUAUUUUGGUUGUCUAAAUAUUUAUGUUUAGGAUCUUUUGUAAGAUGUUUGACUGAUUUUGGUAAGUAUUUUGGGUAGAAACUAUUUGAAAUGCAGUAAUUG